UCUAAGAAUACGGCAUUUGAAACUCGAUAGUUCAUUGGUCAUAAUUGGGGAGAUUUGUGAACGCAUUCUUCGCACCUUCUGUGAGAAGUUGUCGCCGUCUUCAUUAGUCGUCGAGCCGUUAUUACGCCAUUGUUGUUAGUCGUGCAAAUAUGUUGCCGCAUUUUUUACGACAAAUUGUCGUCGUGAAAGUAAGUUAUAUAUGUUUACACAUUAAUACCGGUAGUGUCGAAUCGCGUAAAACAAUCGUUAUAUUGUAUGUAGAGUGCGCGGCGCGUACAAUCUUUAACCUCUACGCAUGUUUAUCUUUACUCGAUCACAAGUACGGUUAUGUAUUCAAAUACUGCUUAGUCAUCGCAAUGUUACUUUAACAUCCAUACGUAAUCAAAGUCUCUCAGUAUUUUCGUGAUUUUUGUGCGCCGUAAAUGAAUCCCACGUACAGAUUGAUAUUAGAAAUGUUGAAUAUUUUGAUAUCGGAAUUGUAUGUGUUGUAUGUAUCGGGAAGUGUUGAAGCAAGUGCGAUCUAUUAUAUUUUUAUAUAUUCUAUCUGCAACUCUUACUUACCGGAAAUAAAUCUUGCGAGCACCGGGAGUGGCGAUUGUAUAUGAUUUUCGGAUCGCGUCGGGAGUGCCGAUUGUAUGAUUUCGGAUCGCGUCGCGUGUGUUGAUUCAGAAUUUUCAAGGAUUCUUAUCCUUUCGAGUCAUCGAGGAGCAUGAAGCGGCACAUUGCAUGGACCAUCGAGAGAUCCUCGUGUAUUUAUUAAGGUGCAAGCCACCGAUCCCGAUUGCGGCGUAAACGCGAUGGUCAAUUAUACCCUGGCCGGCGGUCGACUGGAGAGCAAACAACUCCUGGUGCGAAGCGAUACCGGGCACAUUUGCGUCCGUUCGCGCCUGGACCGAGAAACAGCGCCUUAUCUGGAGCUGCCUGUCAUCGCCACCGAUAGAGGUGGCUUAAGCACGAUUGCGAUUGUGCGCAUCGAAGUGACGGAUAUAAACGAUAACCGGCCGAUUUUCGAGCCGCAGAAAUACAAUGUGACCCUGCGUAGCGACAGCACGGCGCACGGCCCGAUCCUCAGGCUGGCGGCGACCGAUCUCGAUGCCGGUGUCUUCGGCCAAUUCACCUAUCGCAUCACCAGCGGCAACGAGGCCUCGAUCUUUCGCAUCGAUCGCAAUACCGGCGAGCUGCAUGUGGCAAAAUCGAGCCAGCUCUCGCGGUCGUCGUUGCAUCAGUUCAACGUAUCGGCGACGGACGCGGCUGGUCUGAAGAGCAUCGUCGAUGCCGAGGUCAAGGUCGCUGUCUCCUCCGCCGGACACAGAAUAGCCACCUGCGAGAAGCCACGCUACACCGUCACGGUCAAGGAAAACGUCCCGCAGAACACCGUCGUUGCUGGCGUGAAGGACACCGCGACAGCAUCAUCUUCCUCGACAGGCGAACGGCCGAGCAGGUUUUAUCUGGUAAGAGAGGAAGCUGAUCUCUCGCUGGAUCCCAACACGGGGAUGCUGAGGAUUCGACAGCCGCUCGAUCGGGAAUCACGUGACAAAUACGUUCUCAGCGUUGAGGCACGUAAUGGCGGCUCCGUUGGAUAUUGCCAGAUGGAAGUAAUUGUGGAGGAUGUGAACGACAACACGCCGUCAUUCCGCACGACAAGCGUCCGCAUCUCGGUGCCGGAAUCGCACCCUCUCCACGUACCUCUGUACGUGGCGCACGCCACCGAUCCGGAUGCCACGCCUUCACUGCCGAUACGCUACGUUCUCAAUCAAAAUAGCAACGACUUGUUCGGAAUAGACGCACGUACGGGCGAGCUCUAUUUGGUAAGACGAUUGGAUUACGAAACGCAGUCGAGACACGGCCUCUUGAUAACGGCCCUGGACGGCGCCGGGCUCUCGGCUAAUCUCAGCCUGAGCGUCGAGGUGCAGGACGUGAAUGACAACCCCCCAGCGUUCGAGAGGAACGAGUAUCACGUGGAGGUUCCCGAAGGCGCCGGGCUCGAUUCCCAGAUUUUUCAAGUGACAGCGGUCGAUCAGGACACGGGAAACAAUGCGAGACUGAGCUAUCGUCUCCAGGGCUCCACGGCCUUUCGCAUUAGCCGCAACACCGGAUGGAUCUACCUGGCGCAAAAUUUGGACCGCGAGACUCUCGAUCGAUACGCUCUGACAGUUUUCGCGACUGACAACGGCUCGCCCGCGGCGACCGCGAGCGCCUCUGUAUUGGUGACAGUCCAGGACGACAAUGACAAUGAUCCGCGAUUCGAGAAGGACUUCUAUGGAUUCGAGCUGCUCGAGAAUCUUCCUUCGGGCACUUCGGUGGGCUCCGUGAGCGCCACCGAUUCCGAUCUCGGCAAGAACUCGCUGCUGAGAUUUGCGGUGGUUCAGGCGAACAGCAGCUUUACCGUGGAUCCCGACACAGGCGAGAUCACCACGCGCGAGCCGCUCGAUCGUGAAACGAAAGCCGUCCACGAGCUGGUGCUGGAGGCGCGGGAUCAAGGAACGCCGUCGAGGGCCGCCAGGGUGCCGCUGAAAGUCACGGUGCUGGACGUGAACGACAACUCGCCCGAGAUCGUCGAUCCGCAAGGGAAUAUAGUCAGCGUGAGGGAAGAGCAGCCACCGGGAACGGAAAUUGCCAGGGUGCGUGCAUUAGACACGGACCUCGGUGAAAACGCUUCGGUGACUUACAGCAUCUUGAAGGAUCGUGAUUCGGAUGGCUACAACGUCUUCACCAUCGAUCCGAUCACCGGCAUGAUUAGGACCAAGAUCGUGCUCGAUCACGAAGAGCGCAACGUAUACCGGGUGUCCGUAAAAGCGACCGAUGCCGGUCAUCCGCCGCGACACAGCGUUCGCGCGUUGCGAGUCGAAGUCCUGGCACUCGCGGAUAACCGGCCGACCUUCACCAGCAGCAGUCUUACCUUUAACGUACGCGAGGAUGCAAGUAUCGGACAUGCUAUAGGAUCAGUGUCGGGGGCGGGUCCUGCGGGUCGCAUGGCCUUCACCUUGAACUCGCUAACGCCGAUCAGCGAGUUUCCAGCUUUUGACGUCGAUCGCAGCUCGGGCCAGCUGGUGGUCGCCCAUUCCCUCGAUCGCGAGAACGUGAGCGAAUAUCACCUGGAGAUCCGUGCGUUGGAUACGACUUCGAUCGGGAAUCCUCAAAGUAUUGCUGUUUCGGUGAAGAUCAUCAUAGAAGACGCCAAUGACAAUGCGCCGAACUGGCCGCAGGAUCCGAUAAUCGUUCGAGUGUCCGAAAGAGCAGCCAUUGGUUCGACGAUUUACAAUCUUACGGCUAGCGAUCUGGACAGUGGCUUGAAUGGCGAACUUAGAUACGAUCUCGUCGCCGAAUUGCCAUCAAAGGGCUAUUUUGCUGUGGACUUCUUGACGGGCGCUUUGACGCUGGCUAAGCAACUGGAUCGAGAGGAAAGGGCGGAGUAUACUUUGAUUCUUAAAGCAUCGGAUCGCGCACCGCCGGGAGAGCAGUUGGCUUCCACAGUCACCGCGAGAAUCAUCGUCCUCGAUCAGAAUGACAACGAUCCUGUUUUUGUCGCGCCGGAAUCUACCAAGAUAGCCGUCGCGUCGAAUCUUCUGCCUGGCGCCAGCCUGGUAAGAGUCGUUGCCGUGGACAAGGAUUCGGGUGAUAACGGUCGAGUGUCCUAUGUGAUAACUGCCGGCAACGAGGAAGCGCGCUUUACCGUAGGCUACGAGUCGGGAAUCGUGAGUCUCAUGAAGCAUAUCACGAAGCCCACGGAUCUCGAAAUCACUGCUAAUGAUCACGGAUCGCCGCCGCGCAAGGCAGUGCUGAAACUGAAUCUGAUUCCGGUGCCUGCGCAGACGAUCGGACCUCCUCGACUGCUGUUGUCCAAUCCUGCUGUCACGAUCUCUGAGAAUCUUCCUGCCGGCACGCCAGUGAUAAAUGUCGCAGCACCGGCAAUUGCCGAUCAAGGCAACGUUACCUUCAACAUCGCAAGCAACACGGCUUCGAACAAGUUCGCCAUAAUGCCUAGUGGUCUAGUCGUUCUUCAAGCUUCUUUGGACCGCGAGGAAGUCGCACGUUACUCCGUUUCCAUCGUCGCGAGGUCCAAUAAGCUUCUGGAUAUCACAAUUCUGGAGGUGAUCGUAGUGGACGAAAACGACAACAGUCCGGAAUUUCGGCCAGGUUCCUGCUACACUCUCACUGUGCCGGAAAAUCAGGAAGACUACGCGAUCCACACAGUAGCCGCGUCCGAUCUCGACGAAGGGAAGAACGGCGAGAUCAGUUACAGCAUCGCAGAAGGCAACAUCGGCGCCAAGUUUGCGCUCGACCGAAUGACCGGUGUAUUGUCGAUGUCGAAUCUCGAUCGCGAAACGAUACCCAAGUACGUGCUGACGAUCUCGGCCAAGGACAACGGCAGAUCGAGCCGAGAGGCGCGCUGCAAUCUCACCGUCAUCGUUCUGGAUAUCAACGACAACGCUCCGACUUUUGUUUACAAUAAAUACACCGAGUCGCGGAACGGCUUUCAAUUCGCAUCGACGAAUCGUCCCGGCAAGUAUGUGACGACCAUUUCGGAGGACAUCGCGCCGGACUCAAGCGUCAUGAGUAUAAAGGCCACAGAUCCGGACCAGGGUGUGAACGGGAAGAUCACGUACGCCAUCGCCAAGGAGACGAGCUGGCUCUUCAGGGUCGACAACCUGACCGGCGUCGUUACCACCGCCGGUUCACUGGACCGCGAACGCGAAAGCAGUUACACCUUCCUCAUAGUGGCGACGGAUAGCGGCAAGGACCACGCGAUGAGCACUUCGAUACCAGUCGAGAUCAACAUCAGCGACGUGAACGAUAAUGCGCCUGUCUUCGAGGAAUAUCCCUUUCGGACGCGCGUAUCCAUCGGCACGCAGCCAGGUCAGAACAUUCUUCGGGUGUCGGCAAAUGACGCCGACGACGGUCCCAACGGAGAGGUCGUGUACUCGUUCCUACACGAGCAGGAGAAGCCGAAGUUUCGGAUUAAUCCCAGUACCGGCGAGGUGACGGCGAGCCUGUCGCUGUCGCAAGACAACGGCAAAACUUACUACCUGGAGGUGCUGGCUAGGGAUAAGGGAAACCCGCCGAAAAGCGCCAAGGGUCUGAUCGAACUGCAAGUCGGUGAUCAUGCAGACCUAGCGCUCGCCCUCAAGUUUCAGAACGACACGUACAACGUCGUUGUUCCGGAAAACUCGGCAGCUGGCACGGAGAUCGUCCAGAUCACCGCGGUGCGCACUGACGGCAGAAGGCAGCACGUCUCCUACUCCAUCGCGUCGGGAAACGACUUUGAUACGUUCGCAAUUGACGAAGGCACCGGUCUACUGCGUGUCAACAAUCCUACCAAGUUAGAUGCUGAGCUUUGGAACGAUCUGACAGUGAAGUCUGGCGACGAAUUGUCGGAUGACGCGGGUCGCACCACCUCGUGGGCCAGAUCUCUGGAAGAUCAGCCGAAGGAGGAGCCCAGGGAAAGCUCGAGGCACAUUCUCAAUGUACUCGCGAGAACAGCAGCAGGUUCGGACGCCCUAGAAGCAUAUGUCAAAGUGAUCGUCAGGGUGUCUGAUGUUAACGACAACCCACCGAUCUUCACUCAAACGCAAUACUCUGCAACUGUAUUAGAGGGCAAUGUCAAAGGAGAUUUCGUCGUCCAGCUUUCAGCAAGUGAUGCCGAUCAAGGAUUAAACAGCAGAAUUUUAUACCAUAUUGUGGACGGCAACCCAGAUAAUGCCUUUACCAUAAGCCCACCAUACAGUGGAAUUGUACGGACCAAUAUAGUCUUGGAUCGUGAAAUUCGUGAAAAGUACAGACUGACCAUAAUUGCGACUGACCAAGGAAAUCCGCAAUUAACUGGCACCGCUGCACUGAGCGUGCGAGUAAUCGACAUUAACGACAAUCAGCCCACUUUUCCGGAACACAAUGUCAUUUCAGUUUCUGAAGGUACUGCCAUGGGCACCGUGCUGACCACCAUCACGGCGAACGACGUCGACAGUUCGCCGACUCUGACGUAUCGCUUCGGCAACGUGACGCAUCCGGGGCCGUUCAGCAUCGACCGGUACAGCGGCAAGAUCGUUCUGAGGAAAUCUCUGGACGCCGAGACGCGUUCCGAGUACACUCUCCAGGUGAUUGCCAGCGACGGGAUGCACGGGGCUACGACCGACCUCACCAUACGCGUGACCGAUAUCAACGACAACGCGCCGCGGUUCUUGCAGCCCGUCUACGUGGCUGUGCUUUCAGAAGGGCAAGGUAUUCUGCAAGAAAUCCUGACCGUGAACGCAACGGACGACGAUCUCUCGGAGGACAACAGCAAAGUAAAUUAUUACCUGCAGUCACCUGUGAAGGGAUUUUUGGUGAAUUCUCAGAGCGGUACUGUGACUGUGAAUCGCACAGCGAUACCCAGACCGAUACCGAAGGAGAUGAACCUGGCGAUCGUCGCGAAGGACCAAGGUACGCCUGCGGCGUUCUCGGUGUGCUCGGUCAUCGUGCGACUUAGCAGUUUGAAGAGUACUCUUCCCGGGCGUGAGUACAAUAUCACGGUAAAGGAAAGCUCGCCAAAGGGUACGACGUUGAUGAGGCUCUCCGACGUAGACUUGCUGGACGGCGCCAUCGUUGCGGGCGACGAUAGCGGGGUAUUCGAAAUAUCUAGGGGCAAGCUGAUCCUCUCGAAAACACUUGAUCGCGAGGUGAAGGACAGAUACGUGUUGAGCCUGGGCAGCAAGGUCGGUAACAUGACGACUGGCUCGCUGGUGGGAGACGAACCGGUAACAGUAACAAUCAUCGUGGAAGACAUCAAUGACAAUCAUCCGUAUUUCAUGAAGGAGCUCUACACAGUUUCGAUAAAGGAAGACGCUCCGCGUGGCACGACCGUUGCCGUUUUACGCGCCAAGGAUGACGACAUAAUCGGCAGUGCGGCGGCCACGCUGGUGUACGACAUCACGUCAGGAAACGACGGCGGUCUGUUCCGCGUGGAGAAGACGACCGGUGCCGUUUUGGUGAACUCCACGCUCGACUGCGACCUCGAACCCGAGGUCUACAAUCUCGUGGUGAUGGUCUGCGACAGUGAUCCGGUAUCUCCUCUCUGCGCGCUCGCCAAACUCUGCGUCAUCCUGGAGGACGUGAACGACAACUCGCCAAAGUUCCCCGUUUCCGAAUACCUCGAGUUCGUCGGCGAGAACGAGCCGAUCGGCACGACCGUCUUCUCGGCGCGCGCCUCGGAUCUGGAUCGCGGUAUUUUCGGAUCGUUGAACUACUCCAUCGUUUCCGCCGCCGCGAGCGGCUUCUCGGACAUCGACGAUAGUUGGAAGCUGUUCGCGGUCGACGAGAGAUCGGGCAUCGUCAUCGCACGCGCUCAGUUCGACUACGAGCAGAGAAAUCGGUACGCCUUCACCUUGCGCGCGACAGACAUGGGUGGUCGUACCGCGGCAGUGCGUGUCAGGGUGGAGAUCGAAUCGAGGGACGAGUUCUUUCCGCAAUUCACCGAGAAAAUGUACCGAUUCGGAAUUAAAAGCGGGGCUCAGAUGUCACCCGGCACGGUGAUUGGUCACGUGACGGCGACCGAUCGCGACAAAGGCCCCGACGGCCGGGUCGUAUACCAAUUGAGGUCUCAGAAUCCUUACUUCAAACUGAACCGCACAACCGGCGCGCUGAUUGUGAAGCAAAAAUUGAUGCACAUCGAACUAGACAUAGAAGAAUCAUCCAGAUUGAUGAUCACCGCGAGUUCUGGUAGGCAAGGCUCUUUAUCCAACAUGACAAUAGUGGAGAUUGUGUUGAUGGACGAUAACGAGCCGAAUGGAGCUAGAGGGGCUCUAGCAACACCGACGGACGUCGGCUCGAACAUGGCCGUGGCCACUUCCGGAGGUCUGGCCGAUUGGGUUCUGGGUCUAUUGAUCGCUCUUCUUCUUCUCAUCCUCGCAUUCGGUGCUAUCUUUCUCUAUCUUCACAUCCGCAAUCGUCGUCACAAGAAGCCCGGCGCAAAACCAGGUCUGAAUGGCGAAAGCAACGCUACGGCGUCCAAUAGUUACGUCGACCCGAGCGCAUUCGACACAAUUCCGAUUAGAAGCGUGACUGGAGUUGGCGCGAAUGGAAACGGUUCCGGAAGUGCUGGAGGCGCGGGUGGCGGCGCGUCUUGCCAGUUUGCGCCUCCGAAAUACGACGAAAUACCUCCGUACGGAACAUCUGGCCAAUCCGGACAACAACAGGCUACCUCCGAGCUUUCCGGGAGCGAUCAAUCAGGUUCUUCCGGCAGGGGCUCCGCCGAGGACGACGGGGAAGACGAGGAGAUCAGAAUGAUCAACGAGGGCCAACAAACCGGCGAUUCCGCGAGCGAUCUCUCGGUUCACAAUACUCAGGAAUACUUAGCUAGAUUGGGCAUCGUGGAUCCUCCGGCUGGUACGCCUAGGAGGCCCCCCGAGGCUCUUCCCCUCGACAGUCUGCAUCUGUUCGAGGACGAAGCCAGCACCGAGGCGGACAUAGCGACGCUAAUCUACGGCAAGAUCGGAGAAUCCGGACGUCCUACUUCCGGUUUGGAGGUCCCAGGAGGACCGUCGAUGAACGGCUCGUUGAGCUCCAUUGUGCACAGCGAGGAGGAACUUACCGGCUCGUACAAUUGGGACUACCUUUUGGACUGGGGACCGCAGUAUCAACCGUUAGCUCACGUGUUCAGCGAAAUCGCCAGGUUAAAAGACGAUGCCGCCAGUGUUCAGAGCGGAAACUCUGGCAGCAGCGGUAAGACCAAGUCUGUACAUAAAGCACCGCCGCCGCCGUUGCUCACGUCCGUCGCUCCAAGGUCAUUGGCGGCGCCAGCGCUGGCGAGAGGGAUCUUGCCGAGGUCACCGAUCAGCCACGACGCCUCCACGUUCCCCUCCGCCGCGCUAAGUCCAAGUUUCUCGCCCUCACUGUCACCUCUGGCCACGAGAAGUCCUAGCAUAAGUCCGCUCGUGCCACCCACCACCCAGCGAUCCGGUCAGAGUGCCAACCGAGGGAUUCCCGUCACCGAUGCCGAGCUCAGGAUCUGAAGACAGUUAGAUUUUAUUCCGGCAUUACUCUGCGUGCAAGUUUUAGUGUUAAUCUAGUGAUGAUUCGCCGGGAAAGCAAUAUCAGUAAGACGACGCGGUGUAAAGCAAUACGAAUGAUAUUCCUGUUGAUAUGCGUUGUUGUAUGAUGCGAUUGAUUAUAGUGAAUAUAGUGUUCUCUUAGACUGUGCGAACAACGUGACUCGCGAUGUAUAGUAUUAACGAGUGAUUUUAAUUUAGAAAUUUUAACGUGACCGGUCGUCGAAGAAGCGACGACUGAAUCGCCCCCUCCCUCAUCACACGCAAACGCUAAUUUCCCGUCUUUAAUUGUUACUCGCAAUUUUAUAGAUAUUUUUCAUUGAUCGCGAGGCAUAGUAAGAGUAACGUAUUUCACAAGUGAAAGAGGAAGCGGGAAAACGGUGAUUGCGUUUUAUCAUACAAUAGGAACGCGUCCUAUGUUCCGAUCGAUAGCCAAGUAAAGGGAAGUACUUCUUUCUGAACGGAAUGCGUUGUAAAUACGCGCCGGCUGCGACGGCGCUUAGUCAUUAAGUAGCAUUGUAAAUAAUUCACGAGAAUAACGAUGUUGUCAUAAUCAAAAAGAUAGACUGUCCUUAUGUAAAGCGGAAGUUGGAUGAUUGCGCCGUGUUCAUCGCGCCGCGUAAAUGUGUACAGUAUAAUCUAAUUUUAUAACGUCAAUCGAUCGAUACUGCGACGAACACGGCGAUAUCGUCCGUAUUGGAAAAACAGAACGCGCUGACACGAGCGAACUGAUCACAACCGGAUUUCGUGGCAGCGUAUCUCUAAAAAAAACAUUCUUAACUUCGUUAAUUGUUACUUUGUUUCAGUCCUCCGAAUGCGAUCUCGAUGUACCGGGGGACGAAAUCUCAGCCAGGUAUAUAUAUAAUAUAUAUAUACGCACUGAAUAUAUUAUAAAUAUAUGUCAUAUUUUGUAUAAAUCGCUCUCUGUACAAAGACUCUCCCGAGCCAAGGGCC